UGAGUGUGAAGAGCUUACUGGGCACUCUAGUCGACCGUUUUUAAGCAAAGGUACACUCUUCACACCUCUUGCUCAUAGCAGAAGCAACAAAACAUUUUAACUCUUUACAAUGUUUAUUUUCUUUUCAUUCUAACACUCUCAUAACACACACACACACGCACUCACUUUGUUGCAGUGUUGAGAAAUAAAACAAAGAGAAAAAUGUCUAAGGCCAAGCUCACUCGUUUCACAAGUGACCCUGUGAGGAUUGCUGCUUUCUGCUUCAAGAACCUGAAGAAAACUCAGGUUCUUGAUGCUGACAUUUCUUCUGCUGUUGACAAGAUUUUGCAAGAAAUGGAUGGUGUAUCCUAUAGAGUGCUGGGCUAUCUUCUUCUUGGCACUAUCAGAAUAUUCUCCCGAAAGGUUGAAUAUGUGCUUGAGGACUGCAACGAGGUUCUCCUCAAAAUCAGCAAAUUUGUCAUCCACAAAGAAGGCUUAAUACCUGUGGAAACCUUGCGUAUGCCUAUUACCAUACCAGAAAGGUUUGAGUUGGAUGCUUUUGAGUUGGAUGGACUUGAAGAUGCUGGCAGAGGCCAUACUGCUCCUCCAGAAGAAAUUACGCUUGGAGACAAAGAAAUUGUGUGUAGCACUGAGGGAUUUGGGUUGUUUUCUCACGAGAAGUUUGAGGAAUUUGAUGUCGGUGAAAAUACCAGCUCUUUUGAUCAAGAUAUAGUGGGAAAUGCUUUACUAUCUAAACUGUUGAAUAUGAUGGACGAUGAAGUUUCUCCACAAAAUAGUCCUACUGAUUUACUACCGGAAAGCUGGGAUAAAUUUCAAAGCAGCAUAUCAGGCUUUCAAGAAAAUGUUUCAGAUGAAGAUGAUGAAAGGCUUAGUGUUAUUCCACCUAAGUCAAAAAAUGUUGAUGCAACUCCUCAGUCAAAGUUUCAAGGAUAUUCAGCUGGAAGACCACAACGAGAUUCUGCUACAAAAGAGUCAUUGCAUGUUUCCACACCAGCUGCGAGGGAUCAUCCUCCCUUUUUAAGGAAAAGAAGAAUUAUUCUUGAUAGAAUGAUUCUCCUGCCUAGCAAGGUAGUUAGAAAGAACAUAGAGAGUGCAAAGGACUUGCUUCGUUUCCCUUUCCCGAGGGAAUCACGUCGUACUUUACUUAAUGCACGCUGUGUGAAGAAACACAGAGAAUCUCCCACUUCCAGUCUUCCUGAUAGAUUCUAUGAGCCUUUGCUUCCAUGUUCUUCCUCUGAGCUUCAACUCCAAUUCUCUAAAAGGAAAAUGAAAUUACCUAAUUCCCUAAAGAUUGUGGAAACUCCAGGGAAUCCAGAUGUGCCAGAAUCUCCCACUGCUGGCCCUCUGCUAAGCCCUUCCCAAUCUUCAUUUUCCCUUGAAAUUGAGGAAACUCCAAGAAUGUUAGAUGUACCUCAAUCUCAGGAUUCUAGCAUUCAAAUGAAUGAAGUGCCUAAUUUGAUUGAUGAGGAAAUAAAUUCAUGUGCAACAAAUGAAUCAGAAUCAUUAGCUGGGUGGUCUGGUCGAACCGGGAAAGUUGCAAGUUGCUUGCAUCAGAGUUUUCUACAUGCAAGAAAAGAAAGAGAGGACACCAUAAACUUUUCACAAGUCUUUGGAGGCCAAGCACGGAAAGAAUCUGCCCUGUUGUUUUAUGAAGUACUGGUUUUGAAAACUUCAGGAUACGUGGAUGUGAAGCAACAAGAAGCUUAUGGUGAUAUUGCAAUCUGUAGACUCCCGAAAUUAGAUCAGAUUUUUUUAUGUGAUGGUGGUCUAUUAGAAUGACAUAGGUAGAUAUCAAAGGCAAUGUAUAUAGAAAUAGAAAAUUGGUAGGAUUCUGGUAGAUUUUAUUAGCAGUAGAUUUUUUUUCAUUGUAAUUAUUUAAUUUAAUUGUACAGCAUUACUUUAUUUUAGCAAUACUUUGCCAAAUUUGUGGAUUUGUGCCACAAGUUACAGUGAUGGCAAAGCUAGAAACUUUAAUAUGUAAGUGAUGCCAGAGCCAGAAUUGCUCCCAUUUUGGCAAAUGAUAGUGCUUAUAUACAAAUUCAAAAAUGGUUUUGAAGUCUA